UCCCUCUGUCUCUCCCUCCCUCCCUUUCGCAGCAGCAGCUGCUGAUCGCUUUGCCACUAGUGGUGAUGGCAUGCCUGCGAUCUGGGAGAUUUUGCAUUUUUAUGCUUUCUAGCCUGGCGAAUCAUGGCUGAAGAUUACUGGGAGAAAACAGUGGCAUUUUUACAGCACUGACAGCAAGGAAGCCGAAACCCCGAAGGCGUCCGGUGUCGGGUAUUCCACAGGAAGAUCCACAAGCAGAGUUUGUAUAAAUGAGGAGUAGGGAGCACCAAAUGACACUAUCCCCAUCUGGGUGGACUAGAAGAUCAAUCUUCAGACACAUUCAGAGACUCGGCCAUUUUUAGGAGUGUGGCUGACCAAUUGCGAAAUCAGCCCCCAGCCCAGCCCCCUCACCUGAUGGACAGAAUGAAGAAGAUCAAGCGGCAGCUGUCUAUGACCCUGCGGGGUAGUCGGGCUUCUGAGAAGACCCUUUCUGAGCUCUCCGAGCAGAUCAACAUCGAAGACAAUGCAGCAAGUGAUAAUGAGCCCAUCGUGAGGAAUGGGAAGCCGGCUGCCUCCCACAGCAUGCACUCCUUCUUGCACCAGUACGCCUCCCUCCGCAAGCCACCACUGCGCCGGCCUCACAGCGCCAUGGGCCGCAGCCUGAGCUCCUACCUGAAUCGCAACAGCCGCCUAGAAAUAGUCCAUGAGGAUCUGAAGAUGGGCUCUGAUGGAGAAAGCGACCAGGCCUCGGGUACCUCAUCUGAUGAGGUGCAAUCCCCUGUGCGAGUGAGAUUGAGGAACAGUGCCACCCGCAAGAUUUCAACUGAGGACAUUAACAAGCGCCUGUCCCUGCCUGCAGACAUCCGGCUGCCAGACGGCUACUUGGAAAAGUUUGCCCUUAAUAGUCCCCCAUUUGACAAGCCUCUGAGUCGACGGCUACGCAGAGUAUCUCUGUCUGAAAUUGGUUUUGGAAAGCUGGAAACGUAUGUCAAAUUGGACAAGCUUGGAGAGGGAACCUAUGCCACUGUUUAUAAAGGAAAAAGCAAGCUUACAGACAACCUAGUGGCGCUUAAGGAAAUCCGCUUAGAGCAUGAGGAGGGAGCUCCAUGUACCGCCAUCAGGGAGGUAUCACUUUUGAAAGACUUGAAGCAUGCAAACAUUGUGACACUGCACGACAUCAUUCAUACAGAGAAGUCUUUAACUCUGGUUUUUGAGUAUUUGGAUAAAGAUUUAAAGCAGUAUUUGGAUGACUGUGGAAACUGCAUCAACAUGCAUAAUGUUAAGCUUUUCUUGUUCCAGUUGUUGCGAGGAUUAGCAUACUGUCACCGGCGGAAAGUCCUGCACCGGGAUCUCAAACCACAAAACCUGCUCAUCAAUGAGCGAGGAGAGCUGAAACUUGCUGAUUUUGGUCUGGCAAGGGCCAAAUCUAUCCCCACAAAAACUUACUCGAAUGAGGUUGUGACGCUGUGGUAUCGUCCGCCGGACAUUCUCUUGGGGUCCACAGAUUAUUCUACACAAAUUGACAUGUGGGGCGUGGGCUGUAUAUUCUAUGAGAUGUCUACAGGGAGGCCACUCUUCCCAGGAUCCACUGUGGAAGAAGAACUCCACUUCAUCUUCAAGCUGCUUGGUACACCCACAGAAGAAACAUGGCCUGGGAUCUCCUCAAAUGAGGAAUUCAAAUCCUACAAUUAUCCAAAAUAUAGGCCAGACUUGCUCUGCAACCAUGCUCCUAGGCUAGAUAGUGAUGGUGUGGAUCUUCUUUCCAAGCUUUUGCAGUUUGAAGGAAGGAAGAGAAUAUCAGCAGAAGAGUCUAUGAAACAUCCUUACUUCCACUCGCUUGGAGAAAGGGUACUCAAACUGCCAGACACUACUUCAAUAUUUGCACUAAAAGAGAUUCAGUUAGAAAAGGAUCCUGGUUUUCGUACAUCUUCCCUCCCAGAAUCUGUUUCCUCCUCUGGCGCAGAUUUUUUCCAGUCGGCCAAUCAAAUUCAAGCUGCCCGUGAGCAUGUGCUCUGCUAGUCCUAAAGCUGCAUCCCCAUUGGCUGAAAUCUGCAUCUGCUCUGCCAAUAGCAAGCCAAGACGACAAAGUAUGUUAUUUUGAAAGACAAAACAAGCUGGGACAUUUUCAUCGUAUUUUAAAUAUAAAUUCCCUCAUGUGGUGCCGCUGCAAAACUUGUGGACUUCUUGUGGUAUGAGGGUGAGGUAUUUGAAAGUGUCCGAGUAUAAGGAUUUCCCUGGAGGUGUGGACAUACUGUAUGAUCUCUCCAGAGCAAUGACUGAGUAGGUGAGUUGGGGAUGACGAAGAGUUUGCUCCCAACCUCCAACUUUCUAGUGGCUGCUGCCUCCUCUGCAGGCAACAUCAAGUUCAGAGGAGAAGAGACUUGUUUGAAACAAAACGAUUGAUGUGCAAUGAAGGUUUUCUUAUAUUGUGAAGGACAAAAUAUCUAUUUUUUUUAAACUGUAUCCUCAUUGCUGUCAUUUUUUUUCUGAUGUUGGUGGUGUAGAUUUUUGUUUUUCCCAAAAAGAUACAUUUUUAGGUUCUAUGUAUAUGUGUUACUGGUUUUGGGUUGAGAACACCGUGGACUAUUUUAAAACUUUCACCCUGGUACUGCCAUAUUGAACCUAUUGUUCGGAUUUCAUCCAUCCAUUUAAAGUAUGUUAAUGUCUAGUUUUUGUAUUAUGGCUUUGCAUGCUGAAACUGAAGCAGAGUUCUGUUUUGCCCAUUUUCCUAUUCUGUUGACCCAGUUGGCUUUUUAUAGAAAAAUGACAAAAAGCCUCAUAAACUGUCAUUUAAGCCCCAGAGUUCACUUUAAAAACUUGAAAAGCAGCUUUGUUGGAAAAUCUGAAACUGGUUACUGUUUUUCUCAUUUUAUUUACACAUGGUCUUUACACUGACAUACAGAUAUUAAAAUCCAAAUCUUCCAUAGCUCUUUGUUGGAAACACACUCAACUUUUCCAUCUUUUAAUCAAAUCCAGGAAGAGAGAGAGAAACUUGAGCCAGCCCUGUAAAGGAAAUCAGUUAUUGGGUUACAUCAAGAGGCGAACUUCUAUGAACUUUGUAGAAGAAUUGAUUUUUUUUUUUUUUUUUCUCAAAUAUUUUACCAGUUUUCUUUCAGGGCUUUUAUAUUUUUAAAGUUUCAGUAUUUUUGAAAGUAUUUCCAUUUGCUUAUAUUGUAGAACACUAAUAAUUUAGAGAAAACCUCUUGAAAGUGAGGUUUAAUUUUUUACAUUGUUAGAUUUAGCCAUGUAGAAAUAUCUAUUGAAAAUGUUUACAAACAUUAGUUUACAUUUUUAUUUCUUACAAAAAUGAAACAUUGACAAAAUUUGUACAGAAACAAAGUUUGUAGCACUUGUCCUUUACCUUUACACAGGACUGGUGGUUUCAUUUCUUUGGUAUACUUUUGUGGUAGAAAGUGAACAAACACAGUCAUUUAGUCAUUACAAAUAUUUUCUACUGCAAAUAAUAAUAAAGAAUUGGACAAGCAUUGUAGUUACUGAUUUACAGUGCCAUAGGAAGUACAGCACAUUCUUUUUCUUCAAAGACCAAGUUAAAUAAAAACAAAUGUAAAAAACGCAUUACAAAACAAAGUGGGUGACAUUUCAGAUUGACCCGUUAAAUAUUAUCCCACCUAAGAGGCAUACACAAAGCAGAACUGUGCUUAGGUGACUGCUGUCCAUCCAUCCAUCCACCCAUCCAUUAUUAAACCUGCUCAAGCCAAUUGAGGGUCACAGAGGCCACAGUCUAUUUGGUGAGCAUUUUUUGCUUCAUGUCUGUAAGUUUAGAUUUUUCGUUUAGCUGUCUUAAAGUGUACUGCAUUUUCUCCGUAUGUCUCAAUCGGUUAUAUGUGCACUGUUCUGCUCUGUGAAAGGAAUGAAUGCUUGCACAUCAAGUUAAUCCCAAUUGUGCGCCUUUUCUUCAUAAUUGGUGUAACACUUGAGGUCCCGGGUGAACGCUUCUUGCCACUUGGAUCGGUGUUUGCAUAAGGGAGCAGAACAGAGCUGUCUGGGAAAGAGAACCGAGAAACGAGAACUCCCUUACAUGCUGCAAUAAGUCUUCCAAGAAUGAAGAGAGAGCCGGUGAAAUGGUACCUGCUGAGAGACUCCCAUAGAUCGGCCAUUUAUUUGUGAGCUCUGUAUUUUCGUAUUCUAUUUUAGAAGCAUUUUCACUUUUUGCUAAUAGCUCCCACUUUUUAAGUUGUGUUGUGAAUAUAGAGAAAUUUUCCAGGAUGACAAAUAAAAAAGCAGUGUUGCUAAUGUCAUGUCCCCUUCAACUGAAAAGGAUUUGUUUUUGAAAUGUAUUUGUCUAUUUAUUUAUUUUUUAUGUUUUUGCAUCACAAUUUAGCCAAAGUUCAUUUCUGCAUGUAGAUAUUAUAACAAAUUUUCAGGCAAGCGUGUUCGCUGAACUCCUCUUUUUUUUUUUUUUUACCUGAUUAAUAUAUAUCUUUUAUACAUCAUCAUAUACAGGCAGUGGACAAAACAGAAAUAUGCACCUCUUUUAACCUGGUGUCAAUGUUGCUGACCACACUGCAGCUAGCAUGAGCUUAAACCCACAUAAUAAAGAAAUAAAAUGCUUAAUGUUGGGCGCUCUUCAGGAGGGAUGCAGUUCCAUUCUUACUUUGUUACUGUUAAUAUCCUUUCUCAUUGUGCGUGUGGAAUGAAGAAGAUCACUCUGUUCUGUGACGUACUGAUGUUUCUUAAGGUUGCUUUUGAAAGGAGUGAAUGUUCUACAACCACGCUAGGAAAAAAAAGUAUCUCACGUUUUGAUGAAAUCUCCAAAAAAGUUAAGAACUGUCCAGGUUGGUGGCACAUGUGCACAUUUCCUUGUGUUUGAUCAUUCAUUGCUGCUUCUCCUGCCAGUGCUGGGUGUACAGAUGGACAGUGUCAAGUGUGAUGGAGCAUUUGAAAACAUCUCUGCCAUUGAAAUCUCCCUAAUUUGAUUAAAGUAGUGCUUGGUGUUCCACCCGAUACUGCGCAGUGGCUUGAAUGUUCUGACACAAGGCAACUCAAGGGCUUUGUCAUCCUGGAGUGUCAAUUUCUCGAUACUGUUGGCCAUUACUGUUGUUUCCAGGCAAACCUCACCUUGCACACUGGUUCUCCUGAGAAUUGAAUAACUUGGGCUGCUUACAUCCCUGAUGCUCCUGCACAAUUUGCCCCAACAAAUUCCCAUUUUUUUUUUAAAUUUAGUGAUGCUUUCCUCCUGUAACAACGCCAAACAUCAUAAGCAACCAGACCUGUGAAAAUCCGAAAAGCUUUUUGGAAUGUUAUCGAAACUCAAUGCUUGGUCAGCAUGUAAGUAGACAUGUCUCCUGUACAUAUGUGUGAUGCUCUUAAUGUAUUUAUUUUUUUGUCCACUACCUGUACAUUCCCAAAUGUUUUCCAUUUCUGAAUAAAACACUAGGGAAGGCAAGUCAGGUUGUCCAUGUUCAAAAGUAGCGAUUGUUUUUGAGAAAGACUCUGGAGGGUUUGGGGCAAUCGUGGAGGGGACAUGGUGCCUAUGUCUCACUGGAGGGGGGCUUAAGCCAGUACACAAACCCUACAUUUAUACCCUUCACGGCAUGAAUUGCUGGAGGCUUUGUAGCGGGUGUAAAUUUUCCAAAAUGAACUGUUCACUGUAGGCACUUUUCAACUAAAGAAGAAAAAAAAAAA